AUGUUCCUCCGGCGUGGUGACGCCGUUUGUACUUCGCGACGGUGUGAGCUGCGCCACCUGGCUGCGUGGGCGGAGCGCGUGAUAACACGCAGGCAAGUCGAUGUGUCUGUUGAUGGAGUUGGUGUCCGACACCCACGCCUCCAACAGCUCUCGCCCUGUCUUUUUGCCGGCUCGCGCCAAUAUCCGCGUGUUGGCGAAGUCGAACUCAUGCUGGACGCAGGUGAACAGUCGGGAGUAGUCUAUCGAAUCCCGUGCCAAAACUAUCCUUGCCACUACACAGGCCAGACAGGACGACGUCUGAGCUCACGAAUACUUGAGCACAAACGGGCCGUUCGGAGAGGCGACCCACUGUCUCAAGUAGCCACUCACACGCUGGUGGAAAGGAAUGAGUUCGACUUCGCCAACACGCGGAUAUUGGCGCGAGCCGGCAACAAGACAGGGCGAGAGCUGUUGGAGGCGUGGGUGUCGGACACCAACUCCAUCAACAGACACAUCGACUUGCCUGCGUGUUAUCACGCGCUCCGCCCACGCAGCCAGGUGGCGCAGCUCACACCGUCGCGAAGUACAAACGGCGUCACCACGCCGGGGGAACAUCGUGGACCAGGCGGCGCAAACUCUACCUAG